AUGGUUCCCCCAAACACACGCGACGUGACAAUCGUGACGCGAUUCUAUCGCUUGGCAACUGCGAAUCUGUCGCGGUUGGUAUGUAAGCGAUAUUCAUUGCACGCACUGGUUCUACCGGAAACGGAAACACACAACGGUGGUCACGGCAGACCGGACGUGGAGGAAGGGCACCCGGCUACGCCCUCACCGAUGGCAGCAACGAUGGAUCACGUUGAGCAAAUGGUUGCGGAGGAAAAAGUGAUGCUACCAAGCACGGUAUUCCAUCGAUGUGCGGAUGGCUUUUUUCGGUGCAACAGCACGCUGGAUUGCAUCGAGCAACGACGAAACUGCGAUAAAGUGGCCGACUGUGAGGACGGCUCCGAUGAGCGUGAUUGUGAUGACGAUGUCGAUUCCUGGUACUGGGACCAUCUAUUUCGCAAGCGACAAGGCGCCAUCAACGACCAUCUGCCGUUCACUUCCUGCGCCUGGAAUGACUUCAACGUCUCGUGCCGUUGCCGCGUUACGGAAGUGCUGUGCGACUACAAGGACCUGACCGUAUUGCCGACCUCGCUGCCAAUGGAUAAUGUCACCCUGCUGGAUUUGACUGGCAACCGCUUUCCUGUGCUGAACAUGAACGUCUUCGAGAAGCUGCCGGCACUCAACACCUUAGUCCUCAAGCACUGCUUGAUUGAAGAGAUUGAACCACCAGCCAGGACUUUGAACGAUAUGUACGCAUUACACUUGGAUCAGAACAAAUUAAAAGCGCUGCCGGACAUUUUCUUCCCACCCAACACUUGGCUGCACACACUCAUCCUGAGUGGGAAUCAGAUUAUGAAACUGACUGCCGGAAACUUUGCCAAUUUGGACUUUCUGGAGGAGCUUGAUUUGCGGGAUAACCAAAUCGAGUCACUUGAGGAGGAAGUCUUGCGCCCGUUGAAGAGUUUGAGAAAUUUGUUCCUCAACAACAACAAACUCACGAAGCUGCAUCUGGGAAUGAUCCCACUGCUUACUUCACUGCGGACGCUGUCGCUGGCCCACAAUCGAAUCCGAACCAUCGCCGUGGGUGCACUGAAUCUGCCCAACCUAGAGCAUCUCUACCUGUCCGAAAAUCUAUUGCGUUCGGUGGUCAACGAUACCUACACUAAACUACCAAGUCUAAUAGGAUUAUUUUUAAAUGACAACGAAAUAAGCCAUUUCCAACUCGGCUCGUUUGCCGGCAUCAAUAAUCUCACUACCAUGAACCUGAAAGGAAAUAAAUUCACCCGAAUAGACAGACGUGUGCUGGAGAAUCUCACCAGCUUAAAUUACAUACACUUUUCCGAGUUCCAUCACUGCAAAGCGGCCUUACACGUGCGGGUGUGUGAACCCAAGGGCGACGGCAUCAGUAGCAAAAGCCACCUACUGGACAACCCGGUCCUGAGGGCCAGCGUGUGGAUUAUGGCUGCGGUCGGAAUCAUCGGUAAUUUACUGGUCCUGUUCGGACGGUACAUGGUGGGAACAAGGAGCAGCCAAGCUCACGCCGAGCACUCGCUCUAUCUGAGGCACCUGGCAGCCAGCGAUCUGAUGAUGGGAGUCUAUUUGGCGAUUAUUGCCACCGCCGAUAUCAUGUUCCGAGGCCAUUAUUUGAUGUACGAGGAGGAAUGGCGAGCGAGCGGUUUGUGUGCCUUCAGCGGUUUUCUCAACACCCUCAGCUGUCAGUCGUCCACGCUGCUCCUGACUUUGGUCACCUGGGAUCGAUUGAUUUCGGUCACUCGUCCACUGUACCAGCGGUCGGGCAGCAAAACCCGCGUUAUCCUCCGGCUGGCGCUGCUCUGGGGUGUGGCGACAGCGGCUGCGGCGGCGCCACUCUCAGCCACCGACUAUUUCGGUCCGCAGUUUUACGGAACGAACGGAGUGUGCCUUUCGAUUCACAUCCAUGAUCCUUAUGCCAUGGGUUGGGAGUACUCGGCCGGGCUGUUCAUCCUCGUUAACACGGUCUCGUUGCUGUUCAUUGGAACGUCCUACCUGCGAAUGCUGCAAGCCAUCCGAGUGUCGCGAAACGAAACGCGAAACACACUCAACUGCCGGGAAAAGAUUGUUGCACGAAGAUUCGCCAUAAUCGUGGUCACCGAUUGCCUCUGCUGGAUGCCGGUGAUUGUCGUCAAAUUGGUCGCCUUGGGAGGUGUUCAAAUCUCCCCAUCAUUGUACGCGUGGCUGGCAGUAAUGGUGCUUCCGGUUAAUUCAGCCCUGAACCCAGUGCUUUAUACGCUAACGACGGCCCAGUUCAAGCAACAGCUCACGCGCUUCUUCUACUCGCUACCAUGUGGCGCAUCGCACGACAUGAAUGGAUAUGAUUCGGCGAUAGAUUCGAGGAACAGUCUAGCUCAGAUGACGUACAACACUACUGCGAAUGGAAGCACCAGACGAAUAUCCCAACGAAAGGACCGUGCUUCGAUCAAUACCAAAGUGUACGAGUUCAAAUAGCAGCCAACGGGGAUGGUCGGCCGGCGGCACACGGUGUCCCAUUCGCGCCGUCGUACCGGCACGGGAGCGAACCCGGACCACCGCAAUCAUCGGCACUGUUUCCUUCCCAUUCAGAACCCAUUCCAGCAGCAACAUCACCAUCAACUACAAAAGCACACAUCUAACCCCGGAUCGCCCUCGUCGACGUCGGCCAUGACCGCAAUGACCGACUCGACGUUGACGAUGAUUGAGCCCUGCUCUACCGGUGUGGCAGGCCCAUCAGCCCAAACGUCACUGACGGUUAACAACAGUACGACCACCACCUUUGCCACCUGCACCAGCAGCGGUGGCAUCCACAGGGACAACAGCCUGAGGCUGAAGCCUUGUCUCAGCUUCGGAGCAACAGCAGCUUCUGGUGCGUUCGCGGAGACUGGCCCAGGACACAAAGCGCCAUCAGUGGGCCUGGAAAUGGUGACCAUGAGGACCCCACAGCGGAAAGGAUCGUUUCAGGUGCUGUUGAAGAAGGACAGCGUCCGCAGCCGGAGCAGCAUCAUUCAAGAGCUGUAAACCAUGGGAAAACUGACGACACGGAGAAGGUGGAAUGGAUUGCGUGUUUGAUGCGUUUCGAUUGGUUCCUCGUGUCGCCGUACCGCCGCUCGUUUAUCGAGUUCGAUGCUUAGAUGGGUCAUCCGAUUUUUUCCCUUUCGGGGAUGGCAUCGACGGACGCCGACAGUGAUAUGCAUGUCUGUGAUGUUAAUUGGUUAGGACGGCUUAGGACAUGACGGCGACAGGUUUGUGCUCUGGGACAGAUGAACGACGAGAGAGAUUACAAGUUGGACACAAAGUGUGAUAAACUGUUAGUCAGUCAAAGGUGCGUUAGUUAAAUUGUGGAUGAAGUGAUUCGAAUGGGAUGCGAAUGAAGUGGUUAAACUGAAUGCCGAAUGCAAGCAGUUCUGUGCUUCAACGGUGGAUUAUGUUUGCUAAUAGAACUCAAAUGAAAAUGGAGUCUAACACGUAUAUGCUAGCAAAAGCAACAAAAGUUUGACAAUUUCUUCUACGGAAGCGAUCCAAUGCCUAAAUUGACCUCUAUUAUUCAAGCUAAAUCAGCCAAAACGACUUGUUCUCAGAUUGGUUUCCAUAUAGCCUCACACCUAGGAAAUUAUUCUGUCCCGCCCAAAAAUUCCGUCGAAUCCGACUCAUUUUCAUGAAGCAAUCCAAAAAUUGAGUUAAUAAGACUACUUCAUUAAAAUCUGUUUGCAGUAUAUAGCAUUCAGAAAAAGUUGGACCAUACUUAUAUGAAAAGAUUCAAAAUCAGUUUUUUCGAUACCGAUAUCCCCUGAGUGAUUUUUUUUUGCUUCUAGAAGCUACUAUUAAAAUUUCAGCCAGAUCCGUCAAGACUAAGUGGGCGCUUAAGGAGAAUUGACGCCAAAUCUACAAUAUUUGGCGUGAAUAUAGGUAUUUGCAUGCGUGCCUCUCUCGCUGUAGACGGUGGUGGAAUAUGUUAUAUAGAGAGGUGGAAUAUGCAUCACCACAUCAUUGCGCACAUCACACUGCAAUCAUUUGACAUGCAAUUAAAAUAAAGCAAAAAAUGAAUUUUCGCGUUCGGUUUUUCGUUUUUGGCACGAAUUUGACAAAAUUAAAAUAGCCGGAAUCAUGUUUUUGAAUACAGUUUUUCAUGAUUCUUAUA